AAGAAGCUGAUCGCUUAUUUAGCUGUGAAUUUAUUUAAUUGUUAUUGUAAUUGUAGCGUUCCGGGUUCAGAAACAUUCAAUAGAAUAUUCAAAAUGUCUCACUUGGACGCCCUGUUUGGAGACACGUACGAAUUCGGCAACGAAAACGACGGUGAGAUUCUUUCCGAUGGUGAAGCUCAAAAUGCAGACGACGAUCUGGAUAAUCCGAAUUCCAACGGUGACGACGGGGAAUCCAAACCGAUUAAAGUCGAGCCAAAGAAGAAAACCAUUCGAAAUCCCCGAUUGGCACUGAACGCAGCGCUGCUUUGUGGUCCCAGGGGAAUCAUGGAUAUGGAAAACUACUACAAAGAAAUUAAAUUCAAAGGUAAAGGACAUGAGAAGGACGAUCUGGAUGCUGUCAUGAAAAGAAUGCAACACUGGGCGCAUCGAAUGUUUCCCAAGUAUGGACUGGAUGAUAGCUUGGCCGCUAUCGAAAACUUGGGUCGGAAGAAACAGACGCAAUCGUACAUGAACAAGUAUCGGAUGGGGCUGCUUGAGCCGGAAGUACCAGCAAUAGAUGACGAUAAGGAGGACGAAGAAUUGGCGUACGAGUCGAAUGCUCUAAAUCAACCGCUCGAUCCACUGGACAGCAUGUUGGAGGAGCAAAUAGCCAUUUCUCGGGCCGGAGCGAGUUUAAACACUUCCGGUGUCGCCAAUCUGUCCGUGUCGGAGCGAAAUUUCGACUCUUUGAAGGAUUAUGAUUGCAUUAGUGCACCUUCCUUUCCAACAACACCUGUCCAUACUCCUAGUAGAUCUUCUCCUGGACUAUCGGAAGAAAUACGAGCCAAAAUAGCGGCCAAUCGGCUGAAAGCUCUUGAACUUCGUAAAGCAAAAAUGGCAGCAGUCGCUACUGCCUCUAGCACUGCCAACUUAACGACAGAAGUAAUCUCUGAGGUCACAGAAAACCCUGAAAAUGGAAUGGAAUAGCCUGUAAUUAUAUUGAUAAGCGU